AUGUUGGACCGUGACAAUGAAAAUAUGCGCUUAGGGGAGUGCAGCUUUGACAAUGAUUCAGUAGAUAUGCUCUAUGGCUCAGUGAACAGGCUCAAUGGUUCAGUGAAUAGCCUGCAUGGAUCACUGAACAGGCUAUAUGGCUCAGUGAAUGAGUUGAAAAAGUUGUUUGGUUCAGUGCACAGGCAGUUUGGAAUAAAUAGGAUCAGAUCGUACCAAACAAUUAUGUUCUAUUCAAACAUCACCAGGUUGAGUGAUCUGACAUUUAUACUGCUCGGGAUUCCAGGACUAGAGAGGUUUCACCUGACCUUUUCUGCACUUAUGUUUUGUAUGUUCAUUUGUACUCUUACUGGAAACUGCAUAAUAACUUUAAUAAUCAUGUAUGAUCAGAGCCUUCAUGCUCCUAUGUAUUUCUUAAUUGGCAUGUUGGCUUUCACUGACCUUUUUCUGUCUCUAACUGUUACACCAAAAAUGAUGGGUGUUUUUUGGUUUCACGCCCAGGAAAUUUAUUUCAGUGCCUGCGUAAUGCAGAUGUUCUUAGUUCAGCUGCUAACAGUUAUGGAAUCUGGAAUCCUAACAGCCAUGGCAAUGGAUCGUUAUAUAGCGAUAUGCCAACCUCUAAGAUACACAUCCAUUCUCACAGGUCAGCGGAUAGCUGGUAUUGGCAUUAUUGUAGUUAUGCGCGGUGUUGUUGCUGUAAGCCCUUGUAUUUACCUGGUUGCCAGACUACCAUUUUGUAGAAACAAAGGCAUCAGACAACCAUAUUGUGAUCACAUGGCCAUAGCUAGACUUGCCUGUGCUGACACAACCAUCAACAGUAUAUAUGGAUUGGUGUUUAUUGUCUUAAUAUGCUCAAUUGACAUUUCCUGCAUUUGCUUUUCAUAUAUUUGGAUACUUAAAGCUGUUCAGAACCUCUCGACCAAGUUGAAUCAAAACAAGGCAUUGAGCACUUGCACGUCACAUUUGUGUGUCAUGUCUUUUUUCUAUAUUCCUGGUAUAUUCUCUCUGUUGGCAAAAAGAUUGGGAAACAAUAUUCCUGACUCCAUGGACUCAAUCCUGUCAACACUUUACAUACUCAUGCCUCCAACAUUAAAUCCCAUAGUUUAUGGUGUUAGGACCAAACAGUUUAGAGAAAAUGUCAAGAAAAUUGUUUGGAGAAAAUAA